AUGUUAUUCCAUGUGGAUAACCCGCAUCAUUUGAAGCUACCUCAAGACCACUAUCAGACACAGCCGUUUGGCGUACCACCCAUGUACCCGGUCCGGCGAGAUGAUUCCGUCGGCUACGAGAGUUCAUUUUUCCCGGUGGAAAAUCAGCACCGGGGCAUGAACAUCGAAAGAGACUCCCGAUUGGAUUAUCGACCCGCAGGGGCCGACUUCGGCUAUGAAUCGCCCCAGAACGGUGCCUUCAUGCGGUACACGCCCCAGAGUCCUUCGGAGUCAUCGUGUUCCGCAACUUCCCCAAACUCUGGUGUCAAACAGGAGUACAUCUGCCUAUGGUCCGAACCAGACGUUUCAUUCUAUCCGUCUAGUCACCGGAGUAGUAAUCUAAAUCACAGGAAGGCCCCGUGCCAUAAGUCGUUCCUCACAAUGCACGAAAUCGUUACGCACCUUACGGUCGAGCACGUCGGGGGACCGGAGUGCACGAACCAUACGUGCUUCUGGUUGGAGUGUCAACGAAGUGGGAAACCGUUCAAGGCCAAGUACAAACUCGUGAAUCACAUUCGAGUUCACACCGGGGAGAAACCUUUUCCAUGCCCGUUCCCUCAGUGCGGGAAGGUGUUCGCGCGCAGCGAAAACUUGAAAAUCCACAAACGAACACACACAGGCGAAAAACCAUUCAAGUGCGAAUUCGAUGGCUGUGACAGGAGAUUCGCCAACUCGUCGGACAGGAAGAAGCACUCACACGUGCACACCUCCGACAAACCAUACAAUUGCGGCAUUCGCGGCUGUGAUAAGAGUUACACGCACCCCAGUUCACUACGCAAGCAUAUGAAGGUGCACUGCGGCAGCAGCACGGGUCUGAACAGUAAGUCUCCUCCGUUGAGUCCAAACGGAUCCGACUACUCGAACCCGACGACAGACUCGUUCUCGAUCGCGCAUUCUGAACGAUCGGAGCUGCACAGUCAGGGGCAUCUUACCAGUGGGCGUAGUGCGACCGGGGUUCAGUCGGGAAUCCUCGCCACUCCGAGCGUGUCUUCUCUUCAGCAAAGUCUCAGCGAGCACGGACUCACGCCGCUGCGGUCUCCUCACGGACACAACCACCUUAUACAACAGAACGCCGUGAUGUCCUCGGGACUUUCGGCGGCUGGCGGGCUCACUCCGCUGUCGACCGCCAUAAAUCCGAUGGCUCCUCACGCGAAUUACAACGAUUGGUAUCAUCCACCACAAAACUGCACAAACCCUCCGCAGUCCAUCCUCCAUCCCCAUCAGGCUACAUUGCAGUUCCAUUCUCUAGCGCCACCCACAGCUUAUUAG